GUAACGGGACGCUGCUCAUCAGGAACUUCUCCAAGAGACGAGAGAGCAACGAGACGGAUGCCGGAGAGUACGACUGCGCCGCACAGAACCACUACGGGAUGUUGAUCAGCCGCAAGGCCCGAGUCCAGCUGGCCUCCCUCCCCAAGUUCCUGUCUCACCCAGAGUCUGUUGCCGUGGACGAAGGGGGCGUGGCCAGACUCACCUGUCAGGUAAAUGGAAUCCCAGAGGCCAACAUCACCUGGCAGAGAGACCGACAGCCACUGAGCACAGAGGACCCCAGGUACACUCUGCUUCCUAACGGCAUCCUGCAGAUCACCGGUGUUCGCAGAACAGACAGCGGUUUGUUUCGCUGCGUCGCCUCAAAUAUCGCAAACACACGAUACAGCCAUGAGGCCCAGUUGUCCGUCACCGUUGCAGGAUCCAGGAUCUACAAGGAGCCCGUCAUCCUGUCCGGUCCUCAGAACCUCACCAUCAACGUCCACCAGACCGCCAUCUUGGAGUGCAUCGCCACAGGAAACCCCCGCCCCAUCGUGUCCUGGAGUCGCCUAGACGGGCGGUCCAUUGGGGUGGAGGGGAUCCAGGUCCUGGGAACAGGGAACCUGAUGAUCUCUGAUGCGACUCUGCAGCACUCAGGAGUUUAUGUUUGUUCAGCGAACAGACCGGGCAGCAGGUCCAGGAGGACGGCACUCGGACGACUCGUGGUUCAAGCUCCUCCAGAGUUCGUGCAGUGGCCUCAGUCCGUCUCCAGACCAGCAGGUGGCAGUGCUGUCUUCAGCUGCACGGCGUCCGGCGUCCCUGAUCCUCACCUCAUCUGGCUGAAGAACGGCAAACUGCUGACGCCGAGUGGCAACGUCAAGCUCACCAACGGAAACACGACGCUCGCCAUUACCCGCAUCACGCCCGAGGACGAGGCCAUCUACCAGUGCAUCGCCGAGAACAGCGCCGGCACCAACCAGGCCAGCGCCCGCCUCGCCAUCAGCCAGGGGCCCGAGCUGCCCGAAGCCCCCGCUGGGCUCCAGGCCACGGCCCUGAGCUCCAACAGCCUGCAGCUGACCUGGGAUCAGCCGACGGAGAGAGUCAGCCAGCAGAUAAUCGGAUAUGUGCUGCACAUACGACGGCUGGGCGAGCCGGACAGUGCAGAGCUGCAGGAAGCCGUCAGUAAAACCACCUUCAGACAUGAGUUCAACAACCUGGAAGCUGCCAUCACCUACUCCAUCUACCUGAAGGCGUACUCUGCUUUGGGAGGCAGCCAGCAGUCCAACACUAUUACCGCCACCACGCUGGGCGGAGUUCCCAGUUCUCCCAGUUUCUUCACUAAGGUCCUGAACCAGACGGCCAUGCAGGUGUACUGGGAGCUGCCCAGUAAACCAGGGAGGCUGGAGGGCUUCAGACUGGAGUACCGCGGGGUUUCCAACCCAGACGUCCAUGGGCAGGAGACCUUCCCAGGACACAUCAACACCCACACCAUCUCCCACCUGGAACCAGCAGCGGUUUAUGAGAUCCAGCUCGUGGCGUUUAAUGGGAACGGAGACAGUCCGUCCAACCGCCGCCUGGUGUCUUUGGCUGAGGGAGGAAACACCGCACCGGGUCCAAGCUGUAACUGUGACCAAUCCAACGGCUCGACAUCAACUCUGCUGAUCGGUGUUCACAGUGGCCUCGCCUGCAUCCUCUGCUGCCUGCUCUUCAUCCUGCUGGGAUACCGACGCAGUCUGAUCUGCAGGAAGGCGGCGAGCUGGGAGGCUCCGCCCACUCUGAACGGUGUCAGAGGUCCUAAAGGUCUCACACCUGAGAGCAUCGAGCUGAGCCAGAGAUGUGACUCCACCCCUCCUCCAGUGAUGGUCAUGGUUGAACCAAGUCCACCCAUCCAGCCCGGGACAGGCACUGGAUAAAACACCAUAACUACUCCCCCCACCCCACCCCCUCCUCCUGAACUCCAGCCUGAGUCUCCUCCUUUGCUCCUGACAGCCUUACAGCCACUUCAGCCUUUAUGAAUGACUGAGAGUUAAACGUUGAGAUUAUUGAGACGUCUGUCUGAGGAUCAUCCAGAGAGCAUCUGAUACCACAGGGGACGAACAAAUCCACCUCACCCUCAGGCCCAGUCCAGAUGUCCGUCUGCUUUGACUCCAAUUCAUGAUGAUUUUGUCUUCAGACUGAAACCAAAGCUGAAUUCUUCUGAUUCGAUCUUAAAAAUACUUAAAAAUGCAUGACUGUCGAUAACUCGUCACUCAUGUGACCCUGGCUGAUUCCCAUGUGGUAUCAGAUGCUGACGUUGCGGCGUCCUGGAUGUUUGCUGUCGAAACCAAAACCUUUUUUUCAGUUUGGUAAUUUUGAGUUUGUCACCGUCGGUGCCGAGUUUCCUGAGACGAUGAGGCCUUCUGCUGAUCUGACCAGAGACCGGGUCCUCAGAGGAUAAACCCACCUGAGCAGGUAGUUCACCUGUGGCGUGUUGGCCCUCUGAGACCCAGAGCCAAAGGGAUUUAUUAUUUCUCUGGUCAGCCGGUGUCUGUAGAGGACGUUAACUCUCCUCUGCUCUGCUUUAGCAUUUUAAUGUUUGUUUUUCUCACCGAGUUCGCCUCAGGUCAGGACGUAGAGGAGGCUGACUGUCAGCUGGUUGUUCUCCUUCCUCCCUCCUUCUCUCACUCCCUCCCCUGACUCCUCCACCAAACUCUUUACCUCCAAAGAGAGCUACCUCAGGCUCAACGCCAAAUGCCUGAGCUACAGGCAACCGUUAGCCUCCUCCUGCUGCUGGUCAAGCUAACCUCCCUGAAACCAAAAGGCUCUUCCGGAGCCACUUUGCCAUUUUUUCUACCUUUUUUGUACCAAUGCCGAUGUCCUGAACCCAACCAUCACCAAGAAACCCUCUGAUCUCUGAAUGUUGCUCGUCUGAACCAAUGGACCUGUCCAUCGUAGUCCUCCUACAAGAGAAGCUGAUGAAAGAAGAAAAGGAUCUCAGCUCUUUGAGUUUGUGUUUUUGUUUGACUGUUGACUGUCACUUCCUGUCUGACUCCACCCACCUCCAGUGCUGCUUCAACGGACCCAAAAACCUCCUCCAACUCACCCAACACCCUCCUUAACCCUUGCUGCAAACCAAACCACACCACACCGUCUUAGUUUGUCUUGGUUGUGUUGUAGCUUUUACAGUCCAUAAGUCUGCUUCAGAACUGAUUUAAGGGUCUUCAGACCUUCUGGAAUCAGUAGGUUUUUCCAACAACGUCCCAAGUUUCCACCAUCACAGCAGAGAAACAGCCACAGAGACCAGAAUCUGGACUGAACACCUGACCAACUUGCUCCAGAUCUCAGCUUCGGUAAAAAAAAACCUUUAAAACCUUAAACACUUCAGAAACCUGCUUCAGAACUUUCAGCAUUGAAGGACCCUUUGGUUUUCUUUAAAAAACUUCAUAUAUUUUCUGGGUGUGUGACCUUUCCUGCUGCUUCUAGAUGAACUUUCAGUCCAGUAAUGAACUGUAGUCCUGGUCUUCGUCAGUCCAGAGUCUCUGGAGUCCGUUGGACAAUUUGGGUCCUGAAGCUCACUGGAGACGUUGGAAAACUAACCUGAACUGCAAUGGGGACGUUUGAUGGUUCGAAGUUACCUGACUGAAGUCUGUCCUCUGCUAGUCGUCAUGGAGACGCCUCCUCCUCUGCUGGUUGUCAUGGAGACGCCUCCUCCUCUGCAGAAAUCUCACCUUCACUUGAGAGAAAGUGAUGAGGAGUUCAGUCGACAGAGAGUCGAACAUGUGAGAGACAAACCAGUGAAACAGGAGAGUUCGGAUUCUGGACCUCUCUGACUUUUCCUGUCCCGACUUUUAACUAAAGUUUUUAUGUUUUAUUUUUGCGGAGGCAGCCACCUCCUGUCACCUGCCAGGUGUGCGCCACCAUGUUUAAACUGACCUCUGAUGUCUGAUAACGUCUGAAGUUAAUGUCUGAACCUUUCUGUAGAUGAACAGCAGCUUUCUGUCGGUUUCUGCCAAACUUCAAAUGUUCUUUAAAAACAAACUGAACAAUGUCCAAAGAUAAAAAACAGUUUUCAUCCAUUUCCUGUGCAAACAGUUUGUUUUCACUCUGCUUCCUGUUCCCAGAGCUGAAGAACAAACCAAACCAAAAGAGAUACUCACUGUCACAUUUUGUAUUUCAGAUUAACAUAUAAGUGAAUAUAUUUUUUCAUAUGUUGUGAUAUGAAGAGCUCCGUGUGUUUAAAUAAUGAGUCAGAAACCAAAUAAGUGAAAACGAUAGAAACACGUCGACCAAAAGCUCGAGAAUUACUCUGAUUUAUUACCUCGGUCCUUUAGAGCCACAGAGAGUCUGUGUGUUCAGUUUGUGGUUGAAUGUCUUUACAGCUUCUGCCUCUGAUACUGACAGUGAACCUAAGACGGAGAGACCCCGUUACCCAGAGACCCCCAGACCUCAAGUCCUUCAGGUGCUGAAGCCUGAAGAAGUUUUUGACUCAAACAGUUCAGUCUGACGAACAUUUAUUUGAGUUCAAACUAUGACCAGAAUGUUAGGGAAGGUUAAUGAGUCACAGAGACUCUCUUCAAGUCACGUCAGAUCAAGUCACAGUGAAUCAAGUCUGCUGAAACUUCAGUUUCAACAUCGAGUCUCAAGUCACAUUGAGUCAGUUUAGUGUGACUCGAUGAGACUCACCUAGUUACAGCGAGUCUCAUGAAACCACACUGAGGUGACAUUAAGUCUCAUGGAGAUGAGUCACUACGAGUCAGCUCAGUCCAUGUUGACCAAACAAGUCCCAUCAAGUUACAUCGUGUCCCCCGUCACGAGUCUUGUGAGUUUCAGUUCUCACUGAGUCGCAUCUAGUCACAUUUAGCGUUGUUAAGUAACACCGAGUCACAAGUAAUGCCCAGUUUCAAGUUACAGCAAGUCUCAUUGAGACAAGUCGAGUCACAUCAAUGAGUCAUCAAGUAACAUUGAGGCUGUUCAAGUCACCUUGAGUCAUGUUGAGUCAAGUGUCGAGUCAGGCGUCAUGCUGUCCUUGGGGUCAAAGGUCACUGUCAGGUCAGAGCCCUCGCUGCCUUCCUCUCUGCUCUGAAAUGAGCCGAGUUUUUCUAAGAAUUUAAAAACAGAACAAACUAAAAUGUUUUAUUGAACUUGUCGAUAAUUUCAGUUCUUUUUCUAGAACUUAUUUCUUUCAGUUCAUUCUUAUUUUUCAGUCGCUGCUGUUUGGUGGUGAAGAGGAAAUUCUGCCAAAAUGAAAACCUGUGAAGAAGACCAUUUAAAUUUGUUUAUUAUUAUUGCUAAUAAUAUCAUAAUUAUUUCCACCCCCCCACCGCUUCCUGUUCUUAAUAUUGUUUGAUUUUCCCUGAUUAUUUUUGUUGGUAGUUGAAUGAUGUGAAAAUGUUUCUAGAAUUUGAGAAAAGUUGUGUUUUCAGCUGAAGGUAGAGUGACUGAUUAAACUCCUCUCAGGUUUGAUUUAGACUUUUUACAAUGGACAUUAGUCAUGUUUAAUAAUAAGCCAUACAUGAGAUUUCUAAGCCAUAUUUUCCAUAGAUGUUCAGUGUUAUUUUAUAUAAAAACCUGAUUAUUGAGUCUUCUUGUUAAUUUAAACUCUACGACUACCUCCGCCUGCCUCCUGCUGUGGACACGCUGUAGAAACUAAAACUAAGAUGUAGAGAUUGUAGUGAAUGAAGGCUAGAACCAAUGAGAAAAGUGAGGCUUUAAUGUUACUGAUUUCUUUUCUCUCAAAACAUUUUAUUUUCAAUAAUGUGUCAUUUUAAAAAAGUAUCCCAAAGCUUUAAAUUGCUUUUUAAACAGAACAGAACAGAUGGAAGAGAAACAGAGAAACUUCAGGAGUUUGAUCCAAAAACAGAUUCACACCUCAAUUAUUUCUGUCGACACCAAACCGAUAAAUUUAGGUAAAAUUUACAUGAACUUUGGUUUGAUUUGAUCCUUCAUGUGCGGACCUUCAUGCUGUGUAGUUUCAUGUUUUCAGUGUGGAGUUUUUGAGUUUUGGGCUGAACUUUUUGUUUCUCUUGUGUUUUUAAUGUUUUUCACCAUCUGAGAAUUUUUCUCUUCUGAUGAUUUGACACAUGAAAACCAAAUAAAACUGAAGUAGAAAACU